AAAAAUAUGGAACAAAAUGAGAUAGAUAUAAAUUCAAGGUCGUCCAUUUAUAUGCUGCUAUUUUGAAAUCGGUCACCCUUGUCUUAUUACAAAGGUUUUCUAGAUACAUGUCGGCCAAUAAUUUUAUAUUUAGCUCCCUGUCAAGUAUACAAUAUGGCGCUAAACUCUGCAUGUCUGAACUGUAGGAUGAGUUUACGUGCAUGUCGUCGUUAAUUGCCUCAUCCACAGCAGAUGCGGUCGGAAAUAACUUUUAAGACAUUUCAUUCUUUCAUAUUUCUGCAGAAUGGAAUACAAGUUGCAGAGGUUGGAACCAACUGUCACGAUAGACAAUCAUAGCCAAGAAACGUGUCCAAAAUGCAAACAAGUGCAGAAGAGAUAUUUCAUUUGUGUAUGUUUAUUGUGUGUAUUUUUUGCAGUAAUUAACUUGAUGGUCAUUGUUUUUGUCUUAGGACGGUCAAACGAUCGCAAUGAUUCGGACAUUGUAAAGCAGCUCCAUGCUUUGCAGGCACGAGUCCAAGACCUUGAAGAAAUUAGCAGCAAAUCUUUGUCGGUGACAAAUGAAGCGCAUCAUAAGCCUGAGAGUUUGAAGAAUGAAGUAUUCCAUACUUCUACCCUGACAGAAAUGCUGUUCGAAAGCCGGGUAAAACGAAAUGCAGAUAAAAGAAAGAAACCAAAACCAAACAAACAAAGGCAUAAAUCCUGCUGCAAGCGGAAGACUGUAGAAGCUAUCCAGGUUGAGGGCAUGGUAGAAAUAAACAAUGAACCAGUUGACCACUGGGCUUACGAAAAUCUUUCAGGAACAUUCCACAAGUUUGAAUAUGCAGACUGGUUUUUCAAUCAACCCCAUAAAGCAAAAGAAAAACAGUUUGAACUAAACUUCCCAAAUGGAAAACUGACAGUGAAGCAAUCUGGGCUCUAUCUUUUGUAUUCACAGAUAACGUUAAAGGGAAAUGGAACACACGGUUACCACGUCAUAAGAAACGAUAAGUCUCCUAUUCUAGCGUGUUAUUCAAAUAACAUGAUGUUGCAUGACGAAGACAAGACAUCCUGCUUUACCAUGGGAAUGGUGAAACUAGAUAAAGGUGAUACAAUUGAAAUAAGACAUAUUUCUAAAGCUGGGAUCCGAGCUGUCUUUACAUCGAAUGCUUCUUUCUUUGGACUGAUUAAAGUUGGAGUUUUCAACAAAAAAGGAGUUGUAUUUGCUGUUUAGCGUAUUUUGUUAAAGGAAUUCACUUGACAAGCACUUCCACAUUUCUUGAGAAAUUAUUCAGUCAUAUAAAUUUCAUUAAAUGGCAAAGUCAAACUCGAUCUCAUUGUGAAAGAUUCGUAGGAAAAUGGAAGUGAAAUUAUUAGAUGUAAAUACUUAAAUUCUACCUCACUUUUUCAUUUUGUAAAUACGGCAUUUUAAUACUAGUAUAACUAUAAAAUUAUAAAUCAUUAUACUGUAUGUAUUACGGUUUGUAAUGGUUGUAAAUAUCAAUUAUAUAGUUUAAACAUUAUUUGUACUGUUUUUAUUGUUGUUUUAAUGAAUAAAUUUUCAA